CACAUUACCCUACAGAUCCAUGUGAAUUACUGAUGCAGUAACAGGACUCUCUCUCUCUCUCCUGUUAAACCCACCCCGGGGGUCUGCACGGCCUCUGUACACCUCGAACCACGGACAAUUCAACUGCCUUCCUGUUGGCCACCCCUGCAGGCUCCACCCCUGUGUACAUGCAGCUAUGGUUCAUGGUGGUGAUGGCAGCAGUGGCUUUGAUCCUGUUUGGGAUUUCUUUGGGCAUUGGCUUGCAUAGAGCUCUGUCCCGCCCACCAUACGCCCGCGAACGCCCCCCUCUCAUCCCCAUGCCCCUACAGCCCCGCAGCCCCCGGGGCAUUUACCCCCCCAGCAACGCCUACCUGUUCGACUCGGUUCCGGACGUGUCCAGUUCCCCAAACACCGUCACCCUGAAAGCCUUCACCAUGCACAUGGAGGAAGUGACAGACAGUAAAGUGGCAGGAAACGGCGACGGUGUGACGGAGAGUCAGAUUGGAGUCGUUACCGUAUCAACCGUCCACAUGGCCUCUCAUGAUAUUACCCAGAAUCCUUUGCGGCGCAGCGUGAGUCAGCUGAUUGACAGGAAGGUGGGGGAAGGGCAUGGGGCGGGGCAUGAUGACGUGUGGGACCCCCAAUUUAGAGCUCAUGACAGUGGAAUGUUUGAUGAGGAGUUUGUCGACACUAUUAAAGGUUUCAGCACCGUGAGGAAAGAGCACACCAUGUUCACUGACACCAACCUCUGACCCCAGUGUCCAGGAGAGCGUUCAGAGACACGGGAAUGAGGAAGCGUGUCAAAGUGGAGAAAACAUGGAGCCUGACUUCAGCACACACAGACACGCCCUCUCGUCCAAUCAGAGCGCGAGGAAACGUAAAUGCGGGUUCUCACAGCGCGAUGACGUCAUUACACGGAAUGACAGACCGCAGUUCAUGUGAAGGGUGAUGAUAUAAAGAUCUGCGAUGAUCUAGUAAAGCUCUGUGGAUUGAAUCUAGUUGAAUAAACCCUCAACGAUGCCGCCUGUGUGCUAACGGUGUAAUAACUCUGUAAUAACAUCAUCAUGUUUAAUAAUAACCAUUCGUGACUGUUUCAGAGCACAUGUGCUCCGUUUGUGUUUAGAAAACACACGGAGAAGAAAGCCGAGUAUAAUUUAUCCGACUGUUAUUAAACGCUGACUCAUCCCU